UUCAUUCCAUAUAAUUCAACAAUAACUACACAACAAGAUUUUUUUCAUAGUAUUUCAAUUAUCAGUAAAAUUAUGCUUGAAACAAGAUCGGCAAUAUUUAAAAUGCUUCAGCCUUCUGCUCAUGAGGAAAGACGCAUUUGUAAAUGGCCACCACCAUACUCCACUAAUAUGACACCAUAUAAAGAUCGUGAUUUUAAUCUUUCAGUUCGUAAAUCAUCUUCUUCAGUAUCUAGUACGCCAAGAAUGGCCAAAGUGAUCGUUUUAGGUGAUUUAGCUGUUGGAAAAACAUCAUUAGUUAAUAGAUUCUGCCAUAAAAUUUAUAAUAAUAAUUACAAACCCACCAUUGGAGUUGAUUUUGAGGUUGAACGAUUUGAUAUACUUGGAGUUCCAUUCAAUCUACAAAUUUGGGAUACUGCAGGCCAAGAGCGUUUCAAAGCCAUUGCAGCUUCCUAUUAUAGAGGAGCAAAUGUGAUCAUGAUAAUUUUUGAUCUAGGAAGUUUAUUAUCUUUAUCACAUUGCCAGCAAUGGUUGAAUGAAGCUAGUCAUAGUAAUAAUGACGGUUAUUAUAUUUUUCUGGUUGGUACAAAAAGAGAUUUAAUGUCCAACCAGUCUUAUGCAAUUAUAGAGAAAAAGGUAACAACAGUAGCGGAAUCUUUGAAAGCCGAAUAUUGGGCAGUAUCUGCAAAAACGGGUGAUGGAGUUUUUGAAUUAUUUACACGAGUCGCUGCUUUAUCAUUUAAUGCAGCAAUGUUGAGAGAAUUAGUUUCAACAAAAGUUGAAUUUACAACUAUAGGAUCUGAUGUAUUUACUGAAGCGUCUCAACCAAAGGCCGUAAGGAUGACAAAUCCACCAGUGUUAGAUGGAGAAGAAAAACCCGAGUUAGCUGAAUCUUUUACAUCUGUCAGCUCCUUAGAUGUUCUAUUACUAUGUGGUCUUCUUGUGUUUGCACUUUGGUAUUUAAUAAGAAAAAAUCAACGAACGGAAAAUGUUCCUGCAGCUAAAUCAUAUUCUAUACAGCCUACUACAUAUACGGUAACAACGCCAACAGAAAAUUCCUUUAUAAAAAAAUUAAAAACCUCUGGUCGUAGUCUAGUAGUUUUUUAUGGAAGUCAGACUGGAACUGCUGAAGAAUUUGCUGGGCGAUUGGCUAAAGAAGGUGUUAGAUACAAGAUGAAAGGAAUGGUAGCUGAUCCUGAGGAAUGCGAUAUGGAGGAAUUAAUCAAUCUGAAGACGAUACCAAAUAGCCUUGCAGUAUUUUGUUUAGCUACUUACGGUGAAGGAGAUCCAACUGAUAAUGCAAUGGAGUUUGUGGAUUGGCUAAAAAAUGGAGACGGAGAUUUAAAUGGCCUCAAUUAUUCUGUUUUUGGAUUGGGUAAUAAAACAUAUGAACAUUACAAUGAGGUUGCUAUUUACGUUGAUCAUAGGUUGGAGCAACUAGGAGCUACACGUGUUUUUGAACUUGGUUUAGGAGAUGAUGAUGCAAAUAUUGAAGAUGAUUUUAUCACAUGGAAAGAUAAAUUUUGGCCAACAGUUUGUGAUUUUUUUGGUAUUGAAGGAGCUGGAGAAGAUGUUAGUAUUAGACAAUAUAAACUUACCGAACACGUGGAUAUGCCUAUUGAUCGAAUCUAUACUGGCGAAAUUGCUCGACUUCAUUCCUUACAGAAUCAAAGAGCACCUUUUGACGCUAAAAAUCCUUUCUUGGCUCCAGUCAAAGUUAAUCGAGAACUUCAUGGACCAUCGUCCGAUCGAUCUUGUAUGCAUAUUGAAUUUGAUAUAGAAGGAUCAAGGAUGCGUUAUGACGCUGGAGAUCAUGUAGCGGUUUAUCCAGUUAAUAACAGCACUUUAGUAAACAAAAUAGGUGAAAUUUGUGGUGUUGAUCUCGAUAUUGUAUUUACUUUAACUAAUACUGAUGAAGAAUCAACGAAAAAACAUCCAUUUCCAUGUCCUUGUACAUACAGAACUGCUUUGACCCACUAUCUUGAUAUCACCAGCAAUCCACGAACUCACGUAUUGAAAGAAUUAGCUGAAUACUGUAGUGAUCCUGCUGAUAAAGAAAAGUUAAAAUUAAUGGCAUCGACAUCUGCUGAAGGGAAAGCUCUAUUCCAUCAAUGGAUCACCGUUGAAAAUAGGAAUAUUGUUCAUAUCCUUGAAGAUAUACCAAGUCUCAAACCCGCUCUAGAUCAUCUCUGUGAACUUCUUCCACGUCUUCAAUGUCGUUAUUACUCAAUUUCCUCUUCUCCAAAACUUCACCCAACAUCAAUACACAUCACUGCUGUUGUUGUUGAAUACAAAACUCCAACUGGAAGAAUAAAUCAAGGUGUAACAACUACGUGGUUAAAACAAAAGCACCCUACAAAUCCUCCAAGUUAUGUACCAAUAUACGUUAGAAAAUCUCAAUUUAGAUUACCAAUACGCACAACUACUCCAAUUAUUAUGGUUGGUCCUGGGACUGGAAUUGCUCCAUUUCGUGGAUUUAUUCAAGAACGUGAUUUUGCACGCAGAGAGGGUAAAGAAGUCGGUGAUACCAUUUUAUAUUUUGGAUGUAGAAGAAGUGAAGAAGAUUAUCUAUAUCGCGAAGAACUUGAAGAAUAUGUUAAAAAUGGCACUUUAAUUUUACAUACUGCUUUUAGUAGAGAACAAGAAAAAAAAGUUUAUGUCACACAUUUGCUAGAAAAGAACAUGGAAGAAAUUUGGAAUGUUAUUGGUGAUAAACAUGGUCAUGUUUAUAUUUGUGGAGAUGCUCGUAAUAUGGCAAGAGAUGUGCACAAUAUUUUACUCAAAGUCGUUCAAGAAAAAGGAAAAAUGACCGAAAUGCAAGCAGCUGAUUAUAUAAAGAAAAUGGAAUCGCAGAAACGUUAUUCAACAGAUGUCUGGAGUUGAACUCAUUUCGAUAUCUUUAGAUGAUGUAUAAAAACAGUUAGAGUGCGAUAAUUCUUCAAGCACCAUUAUACUCUGUGAUUAAUUAAUAAAGAGUUGGUAUUAUCGUACAAUAAUGAUAAUAAUAGAGUUUUUAAAUGGA